CAUAAGGUUUUGCACAAACUUGUUCGAGUGCACGCUGUCAUUAAAGCAAAAAGGGGACGUACUAAAUGCUAAGAAACUGAGAUUUAUGUAAACAUUUCAAAGAUUCUGCUUUUCACUCUAAUUGUUGUCAAUAAUAUAAUUUGUAGUGAAAAUUUUUUGUAUUAAAUUAGAAAAGAAUGCAAAAUAGAAACAUUUUCACUAGUGCUUUCAGACCUUUGGACCCCUCUGUAGUUCCACUUCUGUUAAACUUAAAAUGCUUUCAGUCUCCCUGAUGAAUUAGCGGAUACCUCAGUUAAUCGUCAUGACUUUGCUGCCAUGGGUUCCCUCAGGCUGUGGGGUUAAAGUUAAAUAUUGUAGGUAAAUAUUAGGAUGGCACCACUCACUCAAACACACAGCCUUGACAUAGUUAGCAGCAGCUGUUGGGAGUGGAAAGUCUAGUGAGACUGCGAGCUGCAGGCGGGUUUAGAGCAAAGUCAGCUGGCAUGCUUGCAAUGGAAAAACUAUUCUGCCAGCCUCCCUCUGAACAUUACCUCCAACAAAAUACUUCUGUUAGAUUUGGUGUCCUCCCGGAAGGGUGGAGGUGUUGAUGUCAGUGUCAUCAAAGUGUUCCAAGUUGAAAUUGUGUGAUUUUAUGAGGUAUUGAGGGUGCGUAGCUGGUUCCGUGACCUUUGAGACAUUUCUCAGAAAAGCCUGCAAAGGCUUGUGAUAUUUUUUAUUGCAUUCUUCACAAAGACAUUAGUCUGUUUCAGACCCUUUGUAUUAUACCCCUUUUGUUACGCAGGAUCCAUUUUUCCCCCUGUGUUGUUGCUCUAAGCCAGAUCAGCUAGCAGAAUGUUUGACACUGGUCACUGGGGUGGUUAUGCUCUAGAUAGAACAGAUGCAAUGAACAUUUGAGAUGGUCAGUGACUUAGACCCCGAAGUUUUGUUUCCCCCAAGUCUCUAUUAUAUAAGGCCAGCCCUAAGGAUUUACGUUCCCGCCCAGCUUGUUUUGGUUAGCUGUACAGUGUGUGUGUACAUAUGUGGGUGUGUUUUAUCUCUCUGAAGUAUAUUGACCAGGAAAAGCCUCACCUAUAUUUCCAUGUGGAGACCUCUACAUUGUUGUUGCUCUGAUCUGAAAGUGAAUGUAUUUGUUCACAGGGAUGUAAUAAUUAACAUAUGGAAUCAAAUACAAUGAGGUGUGGCAUUAUAGGAAUGUAAUCAACGACAUGGUGGGUAUACCACAACAAUUGGCCAACUAUUCGAAUUUGAAAUAAUUAAAGAAUGGCAACGUUUUAAAAAUGUUUGUAGUUAUGUUUAAUGCUGUAGAAAAUCAGCUACACAUGAUCGUACCUGUUAUCAUGUACGUUAUAGCAGAUAUUAACAGUCAGGGUUGCAUCAGUGUCUGUUUCAUGAGGCAGUUUUGUCAUGUGGAUGAUCAUAUGCUACAUCACUGAAUAUAUGUGAGAUCUUUGAACCACAUCACACAACCUGGAGCUAUGACAAAUUAUCACUAUUGGGCACUUGAGAAUAUGCCCCAUCAUUGAAAAUACAUGAAUUUUGCAAAAUAUACAGUGGAAUUAUGCCACACUUCCUAUUUGCAUGGCAUGACAUGGUAUUUCGUUGCCUCGCCAUGGCAAAAACUCUGUUGAGAUAUAAAAAAAAUUCCUUUACAAUUUACCAUAAUUUAUAACCUUCAUAUCAGACAAAAUCUGAUAUGAAUCUGAUUAACCCUCUAGGAGAAGUAUUUCUGUAAACCUGCUUUGUGACAAUGUCCACUGUUAACAGCGCUAUAUAAAUAAAAUUCUGACUUGCUGGAUGAGUAGUUACUGUGCUCUUGGAGGAAUUUUGGAAGGUCAGCCACUUUUGGGAAGGUUUGCUACUGUGCAGAGUUUUUCCAUUUGGAGAUAAUGGCUCUCACUGUGGUUCUUUGGAGUCUCAGAUCCUUUGAAAUAGUUUUGUAACCCUUCCCAGACUGAUGUAUUUCAAUCACCUUUUUCCUCAUCAUUUCUGGAAUUUCUUUCAACCUUGGCAUAGUGUGUUUCUGGGUAAGACCUUUUAACCAACUUCAUGCUGUUGAAAAAGUUCUAUUUAAGUGUUGAUUUGAUUGAACAAGGUUUGCAGUAAUCACGCAUGGUUGUGUCUAGGCCAGCCGAACCCCAUUAUGAAUGCCAUUUCAUAGAUUUGGGGAAUUAGUAACUAUGGGGGCAGUACGGGUUACUUUACUUCCUUAACAAGUGCAGACCCGAGUACAAGUUGUGUUCAUAUUCACGGGAAUAGCAGCACAGUUCCAGUGCAACCGAACUCAGACCACCUUCUACACUCCUACUCCUGGGUUCGGUACCAUGAUGUGCUUCCCAGUCCUCAUGGCAGCUUUCACAUUACCAAUUGUUCAUGCAAACUGUGCUCAGUUUCAGACUAAACUGCCAGUGUGAAAAUCCCCUCUGUCGUUCACCUUCACCUCAGCAGCAUCUAAAGCAGGGAUAAAACUGGAGUGAGACAGUGAGUGGGUUCAAAUGAACUCUUCUACCCUGAUAAAGUUAACCCCCUUCUGCUGGGACCCCAGUGUGACACACAGGAAAUAACUGAAUAUAGUCAUCUUCUAAUUAUCUUUCCUACAUGUUAUUCCACUGUGCCUAGUCAAAGUGUGUUUCAAAGAUCUUAGACACUGAAAUUUAUUUUAAUAGAAGUGACAGUCUUUCAACAUGGAAUAUUGAGACAAUCUCUGUUGUGUUAAUAAAGAAAUGAACAUCAUGUCACAAGCAUCCUACAGAAACAUCCUGCAGUAUCUUUAAGGUGUGGCACUGUCUAUAGUCUCCGACCUUCUUCAGGAUGACGGUGAUAGAGACAAUAUUUGUUAGCAUAUUUCAGACUGGAGGCGCCUUCCGUCUUUCACUCUGUCUCAAUCAGUUCCCUCUCCUGGCUCUCCACCUCCACACUAUCUGCAUUCUCAAGCCGGCCAUCUGGAGUCUGCACUGAUGGGACUUAACAGUGCAGCCUGAUAGAGUGAUAAGGCAAGAGGUGUAUGAGUGUGCUUGAAAAUCAAACAUGGCACUACUUAGUCAACUCUGAUACAUCUUCCUACUCAUACAUUCCACACACCGCGUUGUGGUGAUGCAGUCUGGCAAAAAUCCAGGGAUUAAAUCUGACACAGGAAGACAUUUCCUACAUCUUUUUUUUUUUUAAGUGUUGAUUAUUUCUGGCAUGUACUGUAUAUGGCAUAUAUGCGGGAUAUGUAUAACAAUGUGUGUUGUGGAAAAUUAGGAAUAUCCACUAGUUCUUUCUUCUUUGCUGCACCAGAGGAAUGCUUGAUUUUUUUUUUUUUAAUUGCUCAAUGUAUGUGAUUAUUCAUGAGCAGGAAAGGCUUCUGUUUUCACAACUUGAUACAUGUAUCAUGCAAGAAUGACGUUUUUAAAAUGAAUGCACUUCCGUUCAAAUUAAUUUUGUUCAGUCGGACAUCGAUGACCUCCCCUGCCCUAGUCAGUUAUGUUGAAUACAAGGAAGCUGUGUUGUAAGAAUGCAGGAGGAAGCAAGCUGAGAAUGCCUGACACUGUAGUAAAUGGGCAGUUUGCUAUUGUGAAGCGAUGUAAAGAGAAGAGUACAGGUGUAGAGUACGCAGCGAAGUUCAUCAAAAAGCGCCAAAGCAGAGCAAGCAGAAGAGGAGUACGGCGAGAAGAAAUCGAAAGGGAGGUGAACAUUCUACAGCAACUCCAGCACCCCAACAUCAUCUCACUGCAUGACGUCUACGAGAACCGCACCGAUGUGGUGCUCAUCCUGGAACUGGUAUCUGGAGGAGAGCUCUUUGACUUCCUGGCCCAAAAGGAAUCCCUGAGUGAGGAAGAGGCCACUGAGUUUCUUAAACAGAUUCUUGAUGGGGUCCACUACCUGCACUCCAAGAAAAUAGCACAUUUUGAUUUAAAGCCUGAGAAUAUUAUGCUGCUAGACAAAAAUGUCCCACUGCCACGGAUCAAAAUUAUUGACUUUGGCUUGGCACAUAAAAUUGAAGAUGGGGUCGAAUUCAAAAAUAUUUUUGGGACACCAGAAUUUGUGGCUCCAGAAAUAGUCAACUAUGAGCCUCUGGGAUUACCAGCAGACAUGUGGAGUAUCGGUGUCAUCACGUACAUCUUACUGAGCGGUGCUUCCCCAUUUCUGGGCGAGUCUAAACAAGAGACGAUGGCAAACAUUUCUGCUGUGAGCUACGAAUUUGAUGAGGAAUUCUUCAGCAGCACUAGUGAGCUGGCUAAGAGCUUCAUUAGACAGCUUUUGACUAAAGACACAAGAAAGAGGCUCACCAUAGAAGGUGCUCUCAACCACCCAUGGAUUAAGCCUAAGGACUCUAGACAAGCUUUGGUGCGCAGACUGUCUGUGGUCAACAUUGAGAAUUUUAGAAAACAGUACGCUCGCCGCAGGUGGAAGUUCUCCUUCAGGAUUGUAGCUCUGUGUAACCAUUUGACACGCAUGAUGAAGAAACCACGUGACAGUCCAAAACAGGUCCAAGAUGAGGUUUUUGUAAGGGACUGUGAGAGCGACCAGGAGGAGGAAGUAUUACAAAGGAGACCCAGGACCAGGAUGAGGAGCAGCACCUCCUGAAGCUCCACAGGUUCCUCCAGCACAGAACAACACAUUUGCAGUAGGCAAUAAGGCACCAGUCUCAAAUACACACUGAUGUGAAAGGGCCAGGAUGUGUCUUUUACAGAUGUCUACGUUUCCUUAAAGAAAGAGGAACUGAGCCAUGGUUAGUGUACAUAUGCCUUGGACACAUUAAAACAUACACUGAUGUAGAAUGAUUCAGUGAGUGCCAAUACUGUGAUAUUAAAAUAGUGUGUUUUUAAAGCUGUGCAAUCAGUUGAUUAAUGUAAGGGGAUAAGUUAGAUUUUUACAUGUGCUUAUAAAGCCUGUGAGUGCAACAUUAACAUGAAAAGUUCUUAAAGGGUCUUCAGUUCUCUGAAAUUCUCCCUUUUUUUAAGUGCUAUAACCUUCCAGUCUCCUGUUUUACAUGAUCCUGUUGUCUUAAUGUGCCAUGAUAUUUUGCGUAUGUGCUGUUUUAAGCCACAGCUGUCCUGUAACCUAGUAGUAAAGCUAAUUAAUAUUUAUAAUAGCAAAUAUUUGUAUACAAAUGUAAUGCACAUGUUUGUAUCAUGUAUGUAUGAAUGUACAUAUAAAUUAAACCUGAUGUAAGCUGGUGAGGUGACAGUCAGCCACAAGUGGGAAUAUUUUCUAAUACAUUUUAAAAUUGCAUUUUAAAGUUAAAGGUCAAUGAACAAGAUUUGUCAGCCGUGAUUUGAGAUGUUUUUUAAUAGUUUAUAUAGACUUGAAUUGUCUUAUAUUGAAUUGCUUUAAUGAAAAUGUUAUCCAUACUUUUGUAAUCAGGGCAAAAUUUGCUACCUCAGAAAACACUUUGAGGAAAAAUGGACACACUGGUAUAGACUUAUAGGGUAUUUCUGAAUCUGCCUUUUAAUUAUUUAGUUGUACUGAAAAAAGGUUGCCUCCACCCUUUACUAGUGCAGUAACGCUGGUGAACUGACGUAAUCUUUGUUGUUGUAACACCUGUUGUUUUUCCAUAAAGUAUAUUACACAUGCUGCAUAAAUGCUUGUUGCUUAAACACGCUGAUAUUCUGGGUAUGAGGUGCUAUAUGGUGUUUUCAGAGAUGAAGUGUAAUAUCUAAAGAAAGAGAAGGUUCCUCCAGUCUUCAUUCAACAAAAACAAGCAAACUCAUAAACUGCUUUAUCAGUACAGUAUCUCCCUGAUAUGACCUGGGAUUGGUGCUGUGUUUUUGCACUGUGUUAGGCAAGCAUAACUGAUUGCAUUUUAAAGACUAUUAUAUUCUUAGCAUACAUGGUCAAGCCUCAAACAUAUUUAAUUUCUUUGAAAUUAAGCUGUUAAAAAUUCUGGUGGGGUUGUUUCAGUGUAUUUGUAGGUUUAGCUAUGUUUUCUAAUAAACUCUUUGUCUUGUCCUGUCAGUUCAUUUUGCAAGUAGUGUGUGUAAAGUAAAACUAGUCUAGGACUAUUUCCCAAUCUAAAAUGCCACUAUUUUGUAAAAAGAGACCAAUAAAUGUGUAAUAUAUUUAUUACAUUUCUUGUUUGUUCACCUCAUUUAGUUAUUUAUCACUAUAAGCAAGCAAACCUUAGUUUACAAUAAUGCAGCUGAUUGUGUAGACGAUUAGUAAUACGGGAUGCCAGUACUUUGUUUACAUCGUCAGUGAUUCUUUUCUUUUGGCUGAUUUUUGCCUCACUGAUCAGAAGAUCAUGAGUUAUCACAAGACCAGUGUUGUUUUGGGCUCAUUUAAGCUGAAAGUAAUUAUGGACUACACUUGACUUGAAUCAAGUAAAUUAUAGUCUGUGAGCUAAUGUGGGAAAGAGAACCGUUUGUAUUAAGUGUAUUUCUUAUUUCUAUCCUUUGUUUAUGUCCAAAGUGGUGUAAUUUUGUUAAAUGAAAGGUGAAAAGGACAUCCUGACUUUUUAAAAUGCUUUGUGAUAGCUGUAACUGCAGGUGACAACCUGUUGCUUCCAACUGAUUAGAAAUAGUAUGAGAUAACAGUGACCCACACUGAGCAAACAAUGCGUUGUGUUUAAUAUCAUUCAGUUUCAUUCCUUGUGAAUAAUGAACUAAAUCUUUCUUUGUAAUUUAAUUGGCUUCAUUAUGAUUUAAACUAAUACAGAGUAAAUUAGAGAGGGUUGUAAAAUGUGCCAUUUAUCUGCUGGUGCUGAAAGGAUCAGACCUUAGCAUAGCGCCUUGGACAGAAUUUACACAGAACUGUUCAACCAAUUCAACCGGUUCAUGAAAUAUUCUUAGGAACUGGUUUUAGAAAGCUGGACCUAGAUCAAGAUAAAACUACAGCUUAUCCAAAGCCAGUGUGUUUGCCUGUAGUGACUGUACAGUAGUAACUAUGAGUCUAAUUCCAGUCGCUAAUAGCACUUACUCUAUGUAGCUGGGAGCAGAUCAUUUCAGAUUUUUUUUUAACAGCAAGCUUGCUAAGUGUAUGUGUGAUGGAAUGUUUGAUCACUGAUAAAACACAAUUAAAGCCAUUUGACUUGA